GUAUAUAAGUUGAUCUCCAAUAAGUUGUUUGUGAAUCGUUGAUUCGUACAUUAAACGUGUGUAGUUUCCAUUACCGGUGUUUUGUUUUACUGAAUAAUAACAUAUUAUUUAAUCAUGUCUGCUGCUAUGCCUAUUAAUCCAAAACCAUUUCUUAAUGGUUUGACUGGUAAAGCGGUUAUAAUAAAACUCAAAUGGGGUCACGAAUAUAAAGGAUACUUGGUUUCCGUAGAUGGCUACAUGAAUAUGCAGUUGGCCAAUACCGAGGAACAUACCGCCGAUGGUCAAGUGACAGGUUCUUUUUUCACAAAUUCUCAAAAUAAUUUUGGGAAUAUUUUGUGCGACAACUAUAAAUUGAAACUUGGUUAUAAACAAUGAUCACAACAAAUUUUAUAUAGACAUAUUCAUAUGCACGUUUUAAUAUUUGUAUUGCGACAGCACACAACAUUCUGUAAAUAAUAGCGGGUAUCCUGGCGGUCUUAUAUUACAUCUGUGCAAAGAAAGGUGAUCAUUAUUCUUUUAAAGACUUGAACGUUAUUAUAACAAUUUUUGUUGCUAUAUAUGUAUAACACUAGCAGCGCGCCCGCGUGAAGUAUUAAGCAAACAUUUCAAAAGUUAUAAUUUUUACGCAAAUACUCUCCCAUACUUUAUAUCUUUUGCGUGGG